UAUUAAAACUACACAGAAACCAAUUGAGAAAAUUAAAACAACUACAAUUGAGCCUACUAAGACAAAAAUAACAACAUCUUAUCCAGUUACCAGUAAAGUUACAAAAGAUAAUAUUGGUAUCGAAGAUAUGACUACAAGAGAAUCGGUUUCUGAAAGAGAAACUGUAACUAAUUCAAUUUUCGAUGAAACUACCAGAAUUACCGAUGAUUAUGGUGAAGUCACGACUGAUAACAAUGAAAUUGAAGACAAAACCAAAAGUGAAUUGUUCACUAAGUCAAGUGUAGAUUCUAGCGAAUUUACAAAUGUUGUCUUUACAGAAAUAACACAAGAAAAUAUUGACUCUACACAUAUCCAAGUCACAAAUAAUGACAAUGAAGGAGGAAAUACAAAUGAAGUAUCCACUGUAUCAUAUCCUGACAUCAGCAGAAUUACCAAAGAUAAUCUUGUUUCUACAAAAGACAAUAGUGGCAAUGAGGGAGGAAAUACAAAUGAAGCAUCCACUGUAUCAUAUCCUGACAUCAGCAGAAUUACCAAAGAUAAUCUUGUUUCUACAGAAGACAAUAGUGGCAAUGAGGGAGGAAAUACAAAUGAAGCAUCCACUGUAUCAUAUCCUGACAUCAGCAGAAUUACCAAAGAUAAUCUUGUUUCUACAGAAGACAAUAGUGGAAAUGAAGGAGGAAAUACAAAUGAAGCAUCCACUGUAUCAUAUCCAGAUGUCAGCAAAAGUACAGCUACGGUAAUUGGUAUACCUACAGAAAAUCGAAAAAUAGGUACAGAAGAACCAAUAACGGAAAUUGUAACCGAAUUUCCUUCAGAUUCUACUGUUGAUACCAAAAUUCUUUCUACCACGGGUAGUAAUGGGAUGACUUCAUCCUUUAAUGGAAAGUUCACCAAAACUGACGCAACUACCGAAAGCGUGAAAACAACGGCAGCUGUGAUAACAGACAAACCAGAAGGCAUAUUAGAAUGUCCCGAAGCAAACGGUCUUUUCCCACAUCCUGAUCCUCAUAAAUGGGUUCAUUGUAGCAAUUGGACUCCCCAUAUUAAAGAUUGUCCCGGAAAAUUGGUAUUUGAUAAAAAGAGGAAAAUUUGUAACUGGUCUGUAUCUUUCUCCCAGGAUAUCCCUCUUCCUCCAGGAAUGAAAAAAGAUUGUAACGGGCAGCCGUAAUAUUUGUACUUAAUGUUCCUCAUGUACAGUACUAUAGUGUAAUUUAUUCUUACUGAAAAUAAUUUGAAUAAAAUAAAGCAUUAUUGUAUAAAUAA